AUGAUCGCUCGCUUUUACGCAGACGCGUGGUGCUUCCAUUCGAAAACCAACCUCAUGUCAGCCAAUCAAAAUGGAGGCCCGCCUGCUGCUGGCCGGCACUUCCGCGUGUCCAUGACGCACACGCCUGGCAGCCAAUCAGAACAAACAAUUGCCACGGAGCUUUGCUCUUGUACCCCCGCGUUAUUUCCUGAUUGGCAAAUGAGUGGGGAGCAAAAGCCACGGAGGUCAAAAGCCGCGGAGGCUUUUCUGUGCAGGGCCACUGCGGCGUUGCACAUUGAAAAGAACUUAAAUGAAUAUGUAGCUGCCUUAAUUGCACUAAAGCAAAAAAUAAUUGAUACAGACCACUUGCUGACAGAUUACGAACAGAAGUGCAACGAGCUGAAGAGUGCUGAAAGAGAAAACCACACCCUGCGUCAGCAAGUGGAACAGAUGCUCCAGAAGUUGUCACCUUUAGAAAAGUGUCAAGAAGAGCUGGGUUCAGUCCAAGCAGAGCUGGAGGAGAAGAAGAGUUCACUCAAAAUAUAUCAGGACACUCAUCAAGAAUAUUUUCGUGUGAAAGAGGAAAUGGGGAAAAGUGAUGCUAUGAAGAAGAAACUGGAAGCCAAAGUGAAGAAGCUUGAAAAAGCGACAGAAAAACACAACCAGGACUUCAGACAAUUAAAAGCGGAGAAGAAAGUACUCGAAAAGGAACUGAAGAAAGCACAGGGAAAAACUGAAGGUUUUCCUAAAGAGAAACAGAAGAAAGUGGUGAGGCACGUGGAAACCCAGAGUGAGAGAGGGUGGCCUGUUGCAACCCUGGACAAAGGUGAGUAUGCAUCAGUCUCUCUCCCCUCUUGCAGAGUUGCACCCAAAACAGUUGUUUUUUGCUUGGCCGUCUUUACAGGCAACACAUCCUGCCUUUCCCCCCACCUCUGGAAAACGGAGCUUCUGCUGGCCCAGGAGCCUCUCGGUGGCCAGCACUGA